UAAACGAUCCUUCAAGCCCACGUGGGACGAAUUAAAUCGAUUAUUCUUAUCAAUCCGCUUGUUUUCGUCUACACGGUUGAAUUUCUCGUAUUCUUUCAAAAAAACUCCCGUAUGUUUUAAAACGUUCCAGCGAUUCGUCUAUAAAAUAUAAAAAUACAAAAUCUAUUAUUUGUUCCUAUUAUUUUAUAUUUAUGGCCAAAUACUGAGACACCAAACAUAAUUAAUAGGUCUAUGAUCAGCGGCACGAGAAAAAAAGGUAAAUUGUAAAUGAAAACAAAAUAAUUCGUGGUAUCAAAUCAACUACUAUCAAAUAUAGAUAAUAUAUACCUUUGUUAAGAUGGAAGAUUUAUCAGAUUCUCCAAUUGUAUGGGAAAGUGAAUCUUUUGAAGAAGAAAAACAAAAAUGGUUUGUAAAACAACAUAUUAUGUUUUUAAUUGAUGCUUCAAAACCAAUGUUCAAUACUUAUGAUAAUACAACUUUUUUUGCAACUAGUAUUACACUUUGCAAAAAAGUAGUUCUGAAACUAAUUAGAGAGAGCAGAAAUGAUAAAAUAGGUAUAUUGAUAUACGGUACAGACGAUGAUAAUAGAAAAUGUCCCAAAUAUAUUAAUGCGUUAUCUGAACCAAUAAAACCUAAUAUUCAAUUAAUUAAAAAGCUCGAUGAUAUAUUAACAAGUAAACCUAUUCAAACUGGACAAUCUCCGUUGUCACCUCUAUCAGACGCAAUAUGGUAUGGUAACUAUCUUAUAAAAAAAUUUAGUGAAAAUCAAAGCUAUAGUACUAUUAUGCUCAUUACAUGCAAUGACCGACCCGAAAUUGGCGAUUCUAAAAAGCAAUUUCAUCUAAGAACAAGAAUUGAUGAUGUUAUUAAAAAUAAUAUUGAUUUUAAACUUAUACCUAUUGGUACAGCAUUUAACAUGAACCUUUUCUAUGAAGGUCUCCUCAAGAACUUUAACAGUAUUUCUAAACCCAUGAAGGGGCUAAAAAGUAUAGAUGAUAUUAUGUUGGAAAUCAAUGAAAAAUUAAAACACGGUAGAAGUGUAUCCAAAAUAAAAUUCUAUAUUAAUAAUGACUAUUAUAUAUCUACAUCAUUGUUUAGAUUUUAUUCAAAAUCUAAAAUACCAUCAAAAGUCAGGCUGGACAAGAGAACUAAUAAGCCUUUGACUAGUAAUACUCAAGUAUUUACAAUAGAAAAUGAUGAAUUAAUCCAUAAAUCUGAUCAAGCUAAAUAUUUAGUGUUAGCAGAUAAAAGAAUAAUAUUUAAAAACGAAGAUUUAGCAAUUCUAAAAAGUGGCAUUCUAGAACCUGGUAUUAGAUUACUUGGUUUUACAAAUAAAGAAAAUAUUAUGAUAUCGUAUCAUUUUAAAACUCCCAUAUUUCUUCGGCCUAAUAGUGAUGUAGACAUAGGUGGCACGCGUAUGUUUAAUUCUCUUAUUGAAUGCUGCUUGGAGAAAAAUAAAUAUAUUAUGUGCUUCUUGAAAAUUCGGAAAGGAGGAAAGGUUCAUUUAUCUACCCUGAUACCUCAAGACGAAGUUAUAGAUGAAACUGGUACUCAAAAACAGCCAUCAGGAUUUCAUGUUAUAUUUCUUCCAUUUAAUGAAUGUUUGAAACCAGUAAAACCUAUAGAACAAACAGAAGAUGAUGAAUUUUUGACGAGUACACAAGAAUUACUAGGCAUGAAAAUAUGUGAAAGUAUGCCUAUCAAUUAUUAUCCAUCACUGAUCAAGAACCCUAAAAUCAACUUUCAUUGGGCAAUGUUAGAAUCCUUAGCAUUGGAAUCAGAAAUGCCAGACAUUUUAGAUGAAACACUUCCAGCAAAUGAUGUUUUUGAUAAAAAUUUAAGUACAAUAAAAAAUGAUAUUUAUGAACAUCUUUUGCCACAUGUUUCUAGCCUACCAAAGACAAAUAAAAAAUCCGAUAUGAAUAGUCAAAAUUUUAAUGGAAAAGGAAAGAAAAGAAAAAUUUUGCAGUAAUUGAAAGUCAAAACAGUAACAAUUAGUAGUAAAUUAAGAACAUAAUAACAUUGAAUACAAUUAUUUUUACAGUAAUUACCUAAUAAUUUUAAUAUAAUACAUAAAUCAUUAAGUAUACUAAAAAAAAUUGUUAUUGAUAUUUUUAUUUU